AUGAUUUGUGAUGGGAACACUGUGAGAUCCGUCAUGUUGUCCAGCGCACAGAUGAGCAGUUUCAGACACAAACAGAGUUUGCAUCCGUCUGAGAGAUUCUCUGAUCUGUCUCGAGUCAUUCACCUGCUCGAAGAUCCGAUCUCUUCCUCACUGACAGAGAGACACAUUUUCAUCUUGAAGAAAAUGGUGAAAAGAUGCCAGCGAGGAUUUCUCUUGAGAGAUCUCGCAGACGUAUUUAAGAUUAUAAACAUUUGUGCUGAAAAAGUGACGGAACAUCCUCAUUAUGCUAAAAUCCUGUGUGAUUUACUUCAGAUAUGCAGUCUUCCGUUCCUGAAGGAGAAAUCAUCUGAUGAGAAGAAUUACGCCAGUGUAGUGACCGACUGUCUGUCUCAGAUGGGUUAUCUGAUGAGGGUUCCAGUGCCGGAGGUCAGACAUCAGAUCUGUUCAUCAAUAAUCGCCUUUUACUGCCACGAAAAAGCCAAAGCUGGUUCUGAUGGGGUUUGUCCCACGCGUGCUGAGUACAGAGGGCAGAUGGUAGAGCGCAGUGGUCUGGCUGAGACCCUCGUGAUGUCACUUGCCCUGAUGGAGAAGCAGCUGUCAAUCAAACUGAGGCUCCUGCAGACGCUACAGAUCAUGUCCCGAACGUCAGAAGUGAACUGUACUGUAAUGUUGAAAGCUCAGGCCGCUCAGAAGAUCUGUUUCCACAUGAGUGAACGAGACCCAUCUGGACAGAUUCUGUUCCGCUCCUCAGAGAUCUUGUGGAACCUUCUAGAAAAUGCUUGUAGAGAGGAAGUGACUGCUCAGCUCAGCAACAUGAACUGUAUAAUGUCUUUGAAAGAGGCGUUUCUGCAGCAGCUUGUGAGCGGCUCCAGUCAUUAUGAUCAACAGCUGAGAAAUGACCUGCUGGUUCUGACAUCACUGAUCGCAGCCAAUCAAAAUGCUCCGUUCAUUGAGAGCGGGUUUGUCAAACAUCUCUCACUGCUUGUCACAUUUCCUGAGUUAAAGAGCCACAAUCCUCUGGUGCGAAACCUCAAACUGUCCUUCAAUCACGAGGACUUUGAAAUGAAGAAACUCUUGUUGAAUGUGAUUGUUGUGCUGUCAAAAGAUCUCCCAGCCCUGCAGUCGUUUAAAGAGAGUCGUGUGAUGCUCGCUCUGAUGCUGCUGAUAAAGCCCAGAUCAUGUGGCGUACAGAGCAGCAGACGCAGUUGGACCUCCAGCCAGCAGGAGGAGCUGCAGCUGCAGGCGUUGGCCACACUGAGCACGCUCGCUCCUCUCAUGCGGGAUGACUACAUGACGUGUCAAGCCAACACGUGUCUGCUGCUGCUGCUCGACUGGUGUCUGCAGGAAGACUCCUUCAGUGGGCGGGGUCACAGUUUCCAUGGAACCAGCGGGCAUGGCGGGAAGAAGGCUCAGAUGAGAUACUGUAUGCGUGUGCUCAGGUGUGUGGCAUCUCUGAGCGACGAGCUGCUGAAUCAGGAUCUGUGUGAUCAAGGAGCCAUCGGGCAGCUUGUGGGUGUUCUACGCUGGUUCACUGCAGGACAGAACACAGAUGAUGCUGUCUGUCUGGAGAUUCAGAUCGACACUAUGUUCAUUCUGUCUGUGCUCUGUGUGGGAGACACGCACCGCAAGGAGUUGUUUGGCAGUGAUGGAGUGGACUUGUUGCUUCAGUAUUUGAGUUUAGAUUCUGCUAUGCUCUUCAGUGGUUUGGGUCACAAUAAACUGCUGCUGGCCACCAUUGACUGUGUUUGGUCAUGUGUUGUGGGUUGUUUCAGUACAGAGGAUGUGUUUGUGGAGAGACAUGGAGUUCAUCUGCUGCUACAGCUGUUACAGUCAAGCUCCAGACCCAUAUUCGGUGUGUUGAUGGGGACUCUGCUGGAGUUGUGUGAGAAUCCGCAGUCGAUCGUUCACGUGUUGAAGUGGUGUGGCGAGAGAGAUGUGACCGCACCGCAACUCCUGCUGCAGCUGUGGAGGAGAGAAGAGGACGAGACUGCCGUCAAACGAGACCAGUGGGGCGUCAUCACAGACGUGAAGCAUCCAAUCGUCUCUCAGCAUCAGUACGCAUCAUCGUCAUCACAUGCGGUCAGUGACGUGUCAGAAAACAUGCGUGCAAACAUCUACUGCAUGUUCUGUAAACUGGGAUUCGAGCAGCUGUCGGGUUUGAACGCAGAAGAUGACAUCACACUCCACAUCAUCCACAGAUACCUGGACUUUAAGGUGUGUGAGGUUUGGGCGGAGGUCUCGUCUGAUCUGUGUGAUGAAGGAGUGACUCUCAUCUCGUCUGAUGAUGAAGCUCUGAAGAACAUCAGACAGAUGAGUGAAGACACAGCAGAACACGUGUGUUCAAUACAGCAAAACAUCCUGCAGAGAAAACAACAUGACGAGCUGCAGCAGGAGAGACACAUGUACACUGAGAUCAGUUUGACUCAUAAACAGAGAGAGUUAGCUGCAGCGUCCUGGAGGAAUUAUGUCGCCAGAACAUCAAACUACAGCAUAUUAAAGGAGUUUCAACGGCUUCAGGAAGAAUGGAGCACCAGCGGCCCUGAUGAGGCCCUUGAGGAACCCCUGAAACAAGAGAGCCCCCAAAACCCUUAAUAAACCAUGACCAAUAGAUUUAUUUAGUCAGUUCAUUUUAGAUAGAAAUAUAUUUAAUAAUUUACAUAAUUAAGUCUAUGUAUGUAUAAUGUUCUUAUAUACAGAAUUAAAAAGC